AUGAGGCCUCUUACCUUUCAAAACCUGAGAAGGCUCGUUAGUCGCAAGAAGGACCGCAACGAACCUUCCUUCAAGCGUAGCGAGUCCUUCAAGAGAAUUUCUAUUAGGAAAAGUUAUCUGGACCGGGGCAAACGACGGAAUCGUUUUCAGAAAAAUCUGGAACCUGUUGUUAAUUCUUCCUCGCAACAAGUGACGAAUGAUAAAACUGUUAAUCAGCAAAUUAAGGAGCAAGAAUUCAAGAAAGAUCAAAAGCGUUCUCUCAGUCGCGACUCUAUCACUUAUGAUGAAUGGCUUCAAGGAGUCAGUUCUUCUUCCCGCGAAAAGCUUCACGAAGAUCAUCUCGAAUCUCUUCAGCAUCCUAAGCCAACGAAAACCACAAAAUUUGUCAAAUAUACUGACACAGAUUCAGUUAUUGAAGAUCUGAAAAUUCUUGAGCUCGAUGCUUCGCCUGUUUUGACACCUAAAUCUAAAUCCUUUGGAAUCGUUACGGAGCUAGGUCGAGAUCAGACAACCAAUGGGCACGAUACUUUUUGGAUCCAAGAGUCUUCUGUAGAAGGAUCGCUCAGUGUUAAUAUCAGUCUUGGCAGAAUAUGGAGAGAUGCGGUGCCAUUUCCGGUAUCAGUUCCGCUAUCGACUCCUUCUUAUUCCUCUGUCUCGAAUUCUUUAGUUCAUCAUUAUCUGGAUAGCGCUCUGAAGGAGAAGAAACCACAGCCAACUGUUACAAGAACGGUUUCAGCGCCAGAGAAGCCCGUUAGCAAGGAAACUUCGUCAUCCUUCGGCUUCUCUCUUAGGAUCGCCAGAUUCGCUGAUUUCAGGCCAGGGAUGACGCGACAUGGUCUUUUUCGCCGGAAAACACCAAAGCCAUCGCCAAGUGUGAGCACGGAAGGUUACUUCAAACGAACGAGCGCGUCUAGACAUUCUAGUUCUCGUCGCCGAAGUGGUAAGAGAACUUCUCAACGCGCUAAUAAGAAGAAUCAGAAACCUGCAGUUCGAAUCAACAGUCCAGUAUGGUUUAUUCCACCCGAAAGACGUCGUUCGAGACGUCAACGUCGAGUCUGGCAAGAGAUCAGAUAUUUCCCUGAUGAUGAGAGUCCAAUCCUAGAGAGAAUUAACGACUGGUCGUCGAACGUGUCAGACGAUCAGUUUGACGAUCAAAAGCUGUUGUUAUCAGGUGAUUUCAAUGAGCGUCGGGAAGAUGAUGCCUUGAACUCGAUUGUUUCAUCGUCCUUUGGUUCUUUCUCGGCGACAUCGUCUUCGUCGUCAGCUUGUCUGGUACAAAAAAUCAGCGACUUUAACGAGGAUAAGCUAUUCUCUGAGGAGCUAAGGACCAAUGGUCUUCUUGUGCGGGGAGCCACUUGGAAGCUUUCGGCGACAACGACAACAACAACGAUGAUGUCAACGCCAGCGAGAACGAUCAUUUCUGGAAAUUAUUUUGCCAGUAGUCAAUUCCUUACCUUUCUAGCCAAGGACAUUGUCAAAGAAAGGCCAAAAAACGAAAGUUUCAACACAAGUUACAAAUGUCUCUCAUCACCAUCAAGCGACAGUGAAGACGAUGAUGUUGAUCGCUUCAGUGAUCGUAAAAGAAAUUUUCCACGACAGCAGUAUUUAAAAAGGCAAAAAUCAGGAUUUAGAAGGAGACCAUUGCGUCGGAAGUCGCAAUUGAGAAAAGCAUCCGCUCAGCCGGUAUUCCUCGUACGCAAGUGCUCAUCCUUGAGGAAACAUUCCAGUAAGAUCCGAAUAUAGUUCUAUAGAUUGUUCAGGAAAUGACAGUAAUA